AUGGCCGUGUUCCUCCUUCUGGCCAACAGUGGAUUAGCUUUUGUUUGCGAUGAGCAUGCCUCAGUCUGUGAGACGUCUUUAGAGAUUGCUACUUCACUGACCAUGUUCCAUGAGACAGAAAUGGCUGUAUUUCCAAACAGUGGCCAUCUUUAUCGUUAUGACGUCACAAACAUAAACGCAGCUACACCAGUCAACAUAGAUGAAGUCAUCACAGCUGAUGGAUGGGAAAUGCAGAGGGUUGUUAUCGUCGCAAACGGAAGUCUACCAGGACCAACCAUUACCGUGUACGAAGACCAAACACUAGUGGUUCAUGUCAAAAAUAAAUUAUACUCCGAUACAGUGUCCAUUCACUGGCAUGGAUUGCCACAAAAAGGUACGCCCUACAUGGACGGGGUAGGUUUCGUAACACAGUGCCCCAUAAAUCCAGGACAAACAUUUACAUAUACCUUCCAAGCUAGACCUAGAGGAACAUAUUGGUACCACUCUCAUGUUGGAGCGCAGAGAACAAAGGGUUUGUAUGGCGCUUUAAUCAUUAGAGAGCGGAAUCCACCACCAGCUGUACAAGGAGUGACUGAAGAGUUUGUUCUGCAGAUACAGGACUGGAACCAUGAUUAUGACGUCGACCAAGCAUUCCUUUAUUCUGAUGCUGGGGUCUUUUUAAAUAGAAAAGAAAUCAAACCCUCCGUGGCGCUGGACGGAUCUAAUUUCAGUCUCUGGUAUGCUGAAUCUGCUCUUAUUAACGGAAAAGGAAGGUACUACGACUCCACGACCGGGGCACACAAUGAAGCACCUCUUGAAGUGUUUAAGGUUGAUAAAAAUAAAAAUUACAGAUUUCGUGUAAUAAACGCUGCUGGUAUGUAUCCAUAUAGAAUUUCUGUAGACAGCCAUCCUUUGACAGUUGUUGCCACCGAUGGGUAUUUUAUAAAACCAGUGAUGGUAGAAUCACUGAUUAUACACCCAGGAGAGAGAUUUGACUUUCUCAUGUACACCAAUAACAGUGUUGGAAACUACAUGAUUAGAGGACAUACCUUAGAAGUCAACAGAAGCACACUUGCCGAAGCAGUGUUACACUAUAAUGGUGCAGACCAGAAUUUUGUGAACAUCUUUUCCACCAGAGCACAGUGUCUAUCAUCAAGCAAGUGCUUGGUCUUGAAUUGUCCAUUUUCAUUUUAUCCAAAAGAGAAAAAUAUCCAGUGUAUAACAAUGGAUAAAAUCAGGAGUGAUUCUCCUGAAGACGUUCCUGAUUAUCAGCCUGGAGCCUUUCAGGAACACUUUUUGAACUUUGCAUUUCCAGGGCCAAAUUUUUCUCCAGACUCUGUUAAUGGUAUAGAGUUUGCAUUUCCUACUGUUUCAGCGAUAUCUCAGCCGACCGCGAUAACGGAACAAUGUUCAAAAGCUGACUGUGGGGAACAGAAAAUUUGCUCGUGUACUCACAGCAUUGACUUAAAGCACAACGAUACAAUUCAGUUUGUGUUUGUGAACAUGGGGAGAGGAAAAGGUUGGUCUCAUCCAAUUCACAUGCAUGGUCAUACAUUUCAUGUUUUAAAAAUGGGAUAUGGUAAUUACAACACGUCAUCCGGGGAAUUCUUAUCUCAAAACCCAGAUAUAGACUGCCAAGGGGGAACCACCCAGGAUGAAAGUUUCUGUAACAAUGCCACUUGGAGGGAUCCAUCUUGGAAGCAUGGAAAUAUUCCUGGUCUUAACCUUGUGGAUCCACCGCGAAAAGACACAGUUAUUGUGCCGAGUGGCGGAUACGUGGUGGUAAGGAUAAAGGCCGAUAAUCCAGGAUUGUGGAUCAUGCAUUGCCACAUCCAGCUUCACUCAGCAGACGGCAUGACUUUACUUCUGAACGAGUCCUUUCCUAACUUACCACCGGUACCAGAAGGUUUCCCUACCUGUGGAAACUAUAAAGGCUCUCUUGCAGGUAACUAG